AUGUCUUGCAGUUACAGAACAGAAAGGUUUCUUACCCUCUCUGCCAUUUACCAUGUGUCUGUCUGUACUAUUCUAGGCAUCACUUUAUGGGACCUGGAGACACUUCAAAAUCAUGUAGACACAAAACCACAAUCCAAGACUGAAUUUCAGAUUGUUGCAUCUGAUGCCACUGAAGACAAGGCCUCUGCCCUCAGUGUCACAGCAUCGCUGAACGCCAGUUUCCUGUCUGGCCUGGUGAAAGUGAAUGGAUCCGCAGAAUAUUUAAGUGAUACCAAGACAUCAAAACAUCAAGCUCGUGUUUCUCUCCAGUACUCAACUACAACACAGUUUAAGCAGCUGACUAUGAACCAUUUAGGGUACCAUAAUAUCUCUUACCCUGAUGUGUUUGACCAAGGCACAGCCACCCACGUGGUCACGGCUGUGCUGUACGGGGCGCAGGCUUUUUUUGUCUUUGAUCAGGACAUUUCUUCAUCUGAGAACAUACAAGACAUACAGGGAAAACUCCAGGUUAUCAUUAAAAAGAUACCCCUGGUUUCCAUCGAAGGGGAAGGAGCUCUCAAAAUGGUUGACACGGAAAAAGCACAAGCUGAAAAACUUAGUUGUAAGUUUUAUGGUGAUUUUGCUCUUCAGAACAAUCCAGUUACUUACCAAGAUGCCAUGAAAACCUAUUCCACUCUCCCGAAGCUGCUGGGUGCCAGCGGGGAGAAGGCCGUACCAGUGAGAGUCUGGCUGUACCCGCUGACCAAGCUGGAUUCCAGAGCGGCUCAGGUCGUGCGUGAGAUCAGCACAGAACUGAUCUUUGAUGUUCAAACCGCCCUGGAGCAACUGACAGAAUUAGACAUGCGAUGCAAUGACGCAUUGAAGAAUCCAAUUGCCUCAACCUUCCCCGAAACCAAGAGUAAAAUCCAGCAAUUCAAAGAUCUGUGUAAGGAACACAGACAGACUUUCCAGAAACAGCUAGCAGGACUCUUACCCUCCAUUCGUGGAGGUGGAGAAGAGGAAGGGGCCCUGGUGGAUGUUUUAAUCUGCAAAAACCGAUCACCGUUCAGUACCCAGCAACUCAAUGAAUUUCUGGAUAAAAAGGAACGAGAAAUGAAUUUUGUCAAUUUCUAUGUUUCUGCCCUAAAGGAUGUGGAAGUAGUGUCCUCCCAGAAUAAACUGGAUAAAAUAGUAGUUGAUCUUAAGAAUGACUUUGUUGUCUCCUUUAUGUUCACUUCAUUACAUGAAGAAGAACCAUAUUUAUCAGAUUUAAAACUCUACCUUCAGACCCAGUUUAUGAAGAAUACCCAAGAUCCUGCAUCAGUCAGUUAUGUCAGCGACAAAUCCAAACUGUGGUUUGAGGACAAACAGAGGAAACAAAAUGUCCGAAAAUCUGCAAAAUCCAUUUCAGACUUUGCCCGUGUCAAUAAAUCUAAUGGGAAGACUAGAUUCAUUGUGGCCUCGGUCCCAGACAAGGACAAUCCGGGAGCUUCAAUUUACCUCUAUGAAAAUGGAGACCUGGUCAGCACUAACUAUGAACCUCCAUCAAAACCUCUUUCUCUCCUGAUUGAUGGAGUCAGACAUGACUGUGUGCAGCUCACCUUUAACCCAGCAGCCUUUGGAAGGGAGGAGAUAUCUUGCUAUCGGGUAGAGUACAGAAUGGUAGGGCAGGAGAACUGGACAGUUGUGGAUGUAAAUAACAAAGAAGGGACGUUCACAGUAACAGGGCUACGUGCAAACACCGAGUACCAGUUCCGAUACGCUGCAGUGAGCAAAUCAGGGCUCAGCGAGAGCAGCGACGUGAGUGAUCCUGUGAAGACACUUCCCCCGACCAGCCCUCCUGGGAAGCCAGAAAAAGUUACUGUAGAAUCAUCAGCCAUCGCCCUCACCUGGGAGAGUCCAAGUGUCAUUGCAGAUGGAGUCAGUAUAAGGGAGUAUAAGGUGGACUAUAAAGAGGAAGCUGGAGGUGAGCAGAAAGACAAAUGGCUGGAACGAAGGACGGGCGAGAGAACAGAGUUCUGUACCAUUGGUGGACUGAGGCCUGAGACUCCCUACAGAUUCCGGGUGUCGGCUGUGUGUGCGGAUGGGGCUGUGAGUGCCCCAAGUGAGGAGGUUAUUGUUUCAACACAAAGAAAAGAAGAAUCAAAUAAAUUAGCACGCUCUCUCCGCAAAAAGAGCAAGCUCAUAAAAAAAGGGCAGCCAUCAGUCUAUGCCCUUCCAUUAGAGAAGAUAGCAUUAGGUCCUAGGUCAUCUUAUCUGAAGUGCAGACUUGGAGAAAAGACACAUCAUGUCCCUAAAAAAGUGAUUAUGGUGAUGGGAGCAACUGGAUCAGGGAAAACUACACUCAUCAAUGGGAUGAUCAACUAUGUCCUGGGUGUGCAAUGGAAAGAUGAAUUCAGGUUCAAGCUAAUUCAUGAAAUUACAAACAGAAGCCAAGCCCAGAGCCAGACAUCUGAAGUGACUGCCUACGAGGUCAAUUGCAAGAAGGGCUUCAAAGUCCCUUAUUCCCUGACUAUAAUAGACACCCCGGGAUUUGGUGAUACUAGAGGAAUUGAACAUGACAUAAAUUUAACUGAGCAGAUCCGAGCAUUUUUUUCCACCCCAGGGGCCAUUGAUCAAAUAGACGCCGUCUGCUUUGUAGUUCAAGCCUCCUUAGCUCGUUUGACACACGCCCAGAAGUACGUGUUUGACUCAGUGCUCUCUAUCUUUGGGAAGGAUAUAAAAGACAAUAUACAAAUCCUGAUCACCUUCGCAGAUGGACAGACACCCCCUGUCUUGGAAGCCAUUAAAGAGUCUGAGGUGCCUUGUACUAAAGAUGCUCAGGGUGUCCCUGUUCAUUUCAAAUUCAACAACUCCGCACUGUUUGCCAGCAAUGCUGGAGCUGACGAGGGCAGCUGUAAUUUUGAUGCAAUGUUCUGGGAAAUGGGAGCGAUCAGCAUGGAGACUUUUUUUAACUCCUUAAGAUCUUUAAAGACUAAAAGUUUAACAUUAACCCAGGAAGUUCUCGGGGAACGGAAGAAGCUCGAGGUUGCUGUGCAAGGGCUGCAGCCACAAAUCAAAGCUGGCCUGACAAAGCUAGAGGAGCUAAGACAGACUGAGCGAGCUCUGGAACAGCACAGGGGUGAUAUGGAGGCCAAUAAAAACUUUGAGUACGAGGUAGAACGAACAGAGGCAGUGAAAGAAGAUAUCAGUGGCACAGGUUUGUUUAUAACAAACUGCCAGAAAUGUCACUUCACAUGUCACGAUGACUGUGCAUAUGCUGAUGAUAACGACAAAUACCGUUGUUCGGCUAUGGACCAUUCUGGAAAUUGCAGGGCUUGCCCUGGUAAAUGUGUGUGGAACAUUCACUUCAAUCAAAAGUACAAGUGGAGAUAUGAAGUCAUAAAAGAGAAAAAAACCUAUGCAGAGCUGCAGGAAAAGUACAAAAAGGCCUCUGGUGAGGUGAUGACGACAGAGAAGGUUUUCGAGAGGCUGUGUGAGGAAUACACUAGAGUAGAAGUUAUAGUACUAAAGCUCAUUAAGAGAUCAUCUCUCAGCCUCCAACGCCUGCAAGAAAUUGCCUUAAAACCAAACCCGCUGUCCACUCCAGAAUACAUUGACCUGAUGAUCAUGUCAGAAGAGCAGGAAGUGAAGCCUGGGUACCAGGGACGCAUAAAAUCGCUGAAGGAGGUGAGAGAACAGGCUGUGAUAAUAACCAAGAUCGCCAAUAACGAGGAACUGCUGUCAGCAAAGAAGGAAAAGUACAGGAAGCAUGAAACACCAGAGAUGGGAAUCGUGAAAGUUGGCAAGAAGCUCAAAAAAGGGUAUAAUAUGGUAACAGAUUGGUUGUCUGGUGGAAAAUAGCCUGCAGUGAAUCCCCUCACACCUGAAACAUGAAAGCCUGUAAAACAAACACACUUUUCAGCUUUUAUUCAUGAAUGGGGACUUCUGCUAUUUUUACAUUCCAGCUGUGUAGAUAUUUGGAAAAUGGAUCAGGGGUUCUCAAACUUUUUUUUUUUUAAACUGGGCCUCCCUUUGAAAAUAUUUCAGGCUGUGAUGACUCCUCCCCCCCCACCCCAAAAAAAGUGGUACUCUUCCCUGAAACCAGCCGCCACCACCCUCUGGCCGCCCAGCUCUGAAGGCAGCACUGCCUCCAGCAACAGCACAAAAGUAAGGGUGGCAUGGUCUGGCACAACCUUCAGAGCAAGGUGCCCAGCCAGCAGCCACUGGUCUCACAACCUCCCCCACAAUAGCCUUCAACCCCCUUUUGGGUUGGGACCUCCAGUCUGAGAAACACUGCAUUAGAUCAUCUAGUCUGAUUUCUGUAUAAUAUAGGCAGGAGAAUCCACCCCUCACCCACCGCGCCGUUACUCUUGUACUGAGCCCAAUAAUUCACAUUUGACUAAAGCAUCUUCCAGAAAGGCGCCAGUCUGGACUUGGAGAUGUCAAGAAAUGGAGACUCCACCACUUCUCUAGGCAGCCUGUUCCGAUGGUUAAUCACCUCCCUGUUAAACAUUUGUGCCUUAAUUCUAAUGUGAAUUGGUCUCACUUUAACUUCCACCCACUGAUUCUUUUUCUGCCUUUCUCAAAUGGUCACUUUGGCUGCUGUGGGAUCCCCAGUAUCUUUGUUGUUGGGGCAGGACUAAUAAAGGGUUGUUAUCCUGGUUAUCCUUGCAUCUGAAGAAGUGAGGUUUUUACCCACGAAAGCUUAUGCCCAAAUAAAUCUGUUAGUCUUUAAGGUGCCACCAGACUCCUUGUUGUUUUUAUCUUGGUUGUGUGAAUCAAGGACAGUAGAGCUGUACUUGGCAUUUUCCGACUGAGGGACUCACCCUCAACUGAGCAGCUCUCGCUAGGCAAGGGACAGGGUUUCCAAAGCCCAGUUAUUACUCUGCUGUGUAAUAACAGAGCUCAGUUAGAGUUUUGUUACAUACGGUAUAGGGAAAGCCACUGACAUCUAGGUCUAAAGCAGGGUGGGCAAGCUAUGGUCCUCAGGCUCCUGCUGGGGAGCAGCCUCCAGGACAUACAUGGCUCAGUGCCAUUACUCUGCGCGGCUCCUGGAAGCAGUGGCAUGGCC